CUAGAGUGCGCAUGAGCGACUCCAUCACCGUCAAGGCGGACGGUUUCCAUGGCGCGAAUCAAUGUACAAACAAAUCGUAGCGAAAACUUCCUGCCCGAUAAAAAACAAUCACAAACGUCUUGACUGCUGGUGCAGUGGAAGUUUUUUCUUUGUGGUUUGCCAAAUCCCAUCGCAAUGGACAUAUCCACCAAACCCGUAUUUUCGUUCUCCCUCAACUACAAAGUGUUCGACAAGCUGGUGACCUGCGGGAAGUACGACGGGAUCCAUUCCUGUUUGACCAUGGUCACAACGGCGGACAAGAUUCUAAUCCACACGCCCCACAAACGCUACGGGCUGCAAAACUCGAAGCUCUCGAUUUCGGAAAUCAAAAAUGACAUCGCACUGCUUAACAUGAACUUUCCGAUACGGGCGAUCGUGGCCGGGCGGCUGAAGAAGGACGACGAACGCGACGUGCUGGUGAUUGGAAGUCCUUCGCAUGUGCUAGCGUACCAUGUGGAUGAAAAUUGUAACAUGUUUCAGAGAGAUUUCCACGAGGGCGUACGGUCUGCCGUGAUCGGUGGCUACGCAAACCAACCGGGCAAUACGCUGAUCGUUGGCGGCAAUGCGGUCGUCCGAGGCUACAAUCAGGAGGGCACCGAAGUGCUGUGGCUGAUAACGUCUGGCAGCGUGGUUUCACUGCUGCUAAUCGAUAUCGAUAAGGACGGUCAAAAUGAGCUCAUCACCGGCACGGAUGAUGGAUGCAUACGGAUCUACAAUAAGGAAGCGCUGCUGCACGAGUUUACCGAGGGCAACGAGAUACAGAAUCUGGUCGCCCUGCGCACCGGCCAGUUUAUGUACAGCGUCAAGAACGGCACGAUCGGUGUGUUCGAGGAGAACGUGCGAAUGUGGCGCAUCAAGUCGAAGGCCCGCGCCACAGCGAUGGCCACGUACGACAUUCUGGGAUGCGAGGCGAAGCAAAUGAUCGUCGGCUGGAAGAGUGGCAAGAUCGAUGUACGUGAUCCCCGCACCGGGGACGUUUGGUUCCGGAUGAAGAUGAACGAUUUCGUGUGCGGGAUCGCUUGCAACGACUAUCGGGGGAUCGGGCUGCUGGAUCUUGUCGUCGUGACGGCGGAUGGAGAAGCCCGGGGAUAUACGACGCCAAGCGUCAACAUGCUAACGUUGCACAACGUUGCCGAUGAGGAAAUGAACGCUCUGCUGACUCAGAAACAGAAACUGCUGCUCGAGCUGAAGCACUACGAAAACAACAUCAAGUACAACAAGGAAAUCCUGAGCAACACGAGCGAAAGCAAUCUGGUGCAGAGUGUGCCGGACAACGUCGGCAUCAUACCGUCCAACACGCGGCUACAGAUCGGCAUUUCCACCAGCUACGAUAGCAACGAUAUGAACAUCGACAUCACCGUGUCGACCAACAACUCGACCACGAUUCGUGUCGUGUUGAUCUUUGCUGAUCAGCUGUUCAAGGAGGAAACGCUGAUCGCGCACCUGACGAAGGACGUUUCGCGCAUACUGAUACCGCUCAAGACGCUCAAGGACAAUGCGCAGGACAUUCACAUCAAAGCGUUCGUCGGCUACCCGAGCAGUGUGCAGUUUCACGUGUUUGAACUGACCCGUCAGCUGCCCAAGUUUGCGAUGUACACCAUACCGCACAAUCUGACCGGGUCACCGAAGAGUGUGUGUAAGUAUGCCGCUUACGUUAUGUGUGCAGUUUUGUUUUUUUUACGCGCUUAGUCACCCGGUAUUUGUAGAUGAAGUGAAGAUCAUCUGAUUAUUUUAAACCGCCAACACGUGCUUGCAUGCAUAAGUCAUCGACAUUCGACCCCAAAACCGAAUGCCCGAACCAGUUUUGCUGUGUGGUGUGGUGGUGGUGCUGGAUGGAAAACUGUGAUUUGUGUUGUACGCCUUAACCGUUCGUACGGAUGCAGUGCUAAAGCC